AUGGAAAAAGAGAAGUCCACAUCGGUAGAUGAUACUAUUAUGCAUGUCGAACGUUCAGAUGAUAUUCGACGAGGAUCUACCACAUCCGCCCACCUACAAACCCAGGAACCGGUUUGGAAGACACGACGUACGUACACGAAGAGCGGAAUUGGUGGAAUCUUCACCUCUCGAUAUGUCUUCAUGUGUGCUUUGUUUGCUACCCUUGGUGGUAUGCUCUUUGGUUACGACCAGGGUGUAGUAUCCAUCACCCUAGUCAUGCCACAGUUCCUUGAACAGUUCCCCGAUAUCGCGGAGACCGCUCCAGGCUCUGGUUUUAAGAAAGGCCUUAUGACUGCUAUUCUGGAACUUGGAGCUUUUGUUGGUGCCAUGAACCAAGGAUGGCUUGCUGACAAGAUCUCUCGCAAAUGGAGUAUCUUCACCGCUGGAGUUAUCUUCUUGAUCGGUGCAGCUUUGCAGACUGGAGCCAUCUCGUUUGCUAUGCUGACCGUUGCACGAUUCAUCGGAGGUAUUGGUGUUGGAAUGCUUGCAAUGGUGGCGCCGCUCUAUAUCUCUGAAAUUUCACCCCCCGAGAUCCGAGGAACACUGCUAGUCCUUCAAGAACUUUGCAUCGUGGUCGGCAUCGUGAUCGCCUUCUACAUUACCUAUGGCACGCGCCACCUCGCCGGGCACUGGGCAUGGCGUCUUCCAUUCUUGAUUCAGAUGCUUCCCGCACUCAUCAUGUGCUCUGGUAUCUUUAUGCUUCCUUAUUCUCCUCGCUGGCUAUGUCAAAAGGGGGCGAGUGGAAGAAUCCGUCAGCUACCCACCACCGACGAGCGGGUGUUGGAAGAAUGGAACGAUAUCCGGGCUGAAUGCGCAUACCGUGAGGAGCUGUCUGUAGAGAAACAUCCACUCCUUUCCCAGCCGGGGAGAUGGAAUGCCAUCAAGCUGCAGAUCUCGCUCUAUGUUGACUGCUGGAAAAUGCCAAUCUACAAACGAACCCAGGUGGCCGUGGGUCUGAUGUUUUUCCAACAAUUUGUCGGCAUCAAUGCCCUUAUCUAUUACUCACCAACCCUUUUCAAGACCAUGGGCCUGGACUAUGAGAUGCAACUGACUCUCUCCGGUGUCAUGAACAUCUGCCAGGUUGUUGGCUGUAUCUGGUCUUUAUGGGGUAUGGAUCGAUUUGGUCGCCGCAAACUUCUCCUAUGGGGUUCAGUGUGCAUGUUCGUCUCCCAUUUCAUUAUCGCCGUCCUGGUUGGCAAGUAUGAUGGGCAGUGGCCUACUCAUAAAGCGGCUGGAUGGGCCAGUGCAGGCUUCCUCCUUUUCUUCAUGUUAACCUUCGGAGGCACCUGGGGCCCUAUUCCCUGGGCAAUGCCUGCGGAGAUUUUCCCAUCCUCGCUCCGUGCCAAGGGAUGCGCCUUUGGCACGAUGUCUAACUGGGGCAACAACUUCAUCAUCGGAUUGGUCACGCCUCCAAUGAUUCAAAACAUCAAGUUUGGCACCUACAUUUUCUUUUGCUGCUUCUGCGCCCUUUCCUUCGUGUGGGUUUACUUCCUUGUUCCAGAGACCAACGGUCGUACCCUGGAACAAAUGGACUCGGUGUUUAAUGAUAAAACAACUGCUCAGGAGACACAAAGACGGGCAGCAAUCAUGGCUCGACUUACAGGGGAACAUGAUUCUGAGGGAUCGCCCUAG